AUGACAGGGCGCAUGUCAUUACUGGUGCAGCUGUGCCUCGUCUUCUUCACUGCCCUCGCGACAGCAGCGACGCAGGAGCCCCUGGUCGAUGAGAGGCCCAUCUAUCGCGCAGGAGAUGCUAUCCCCGUGACGUGUCGCCAACUCCAAUAUGUGCCAUUUCCCACAUGCAACGAGACCGGACGGCCGCUAGAAAUCUACUUUGGUGUCGAAAAGGACAUCAAUUGCACCAUCGACUUCAUCUCGGACCCCAUGUUCCACCUCCUCGAAUUCUACGUCCACAACGACGCCCCCAUGACCUGUCGCAUCCCCACUCGUCCCUUUUCCGAAUCCUACAAAGCCCCGAAAGAAGAUGCCUCGAUCGAGGGCCAAGGCAGUAUCAGCGAUGAAUACAUUCCUCUCAUCAUUGCCUUGACCGGCACCUUGCAGCUCUCGCAUCUGCACGUCUCGUCGCAUCUCAACAUGUUGCUGCAUGCCGCGCCCAAGUCCGUCUCGCCCGGUGUCAUUGAUGCUGCCACCGCAUACUCCAUCUCUACUCGCCCGCCGACCCGCAUAGUCAUCGGCGACGCUCUGCCCUUCACCUUCUCCAUCCGCUGGUACUCUGGCCAGCAGCUGCCCUCUGGCUGGUCCGGUGUUGGCGGCCACAUCUACGCCAGUACCUUGAUCUACUGCAUCUUGAGCGCUGGCGCUGCAGCUGCCAUCUGCAUUGUCUACUUCCGAGGUGUCGAGCUUCCGAGAAGACUUAGGAAUCAUGGAAAAGAUAGGAUGACCGGUGGUAUGGAGGGUGGCAGGUUGGGUGGUUACGGAUACACUGCGGGUACCAGCAGCUAUGCACUGGGCUCUGCUGGCGGCAAGAGGGACUAA